AUGGCAGAGCAAGCGAUGGAAACAAACCAAGUGCAAAUGGAAGAAGAAAUAAAGGUGGAAAAUAAGCUGAAAGGGCGAAAGGUAUCAUGGGGAAAGCUGCGCCGCGUCGACUCACUCAAUCUGGAGGCGGGUAGAGUUUCCAUGUCUCACAGUCACAGUGCCCACAACUCUAAGGUUAAUUGGCAGAGGACGUUGAGUUUGGCAUUUCAAAGCAUUGGAAUAGUUUAUGGAGACAUAGGAACAUCUCCGCUUUACGUAUAUGCAAGCACUUUCACCGAGGGUAUUAAGCAUGGACAGGACAUUCUUGGGGUAUUGUCCAUCAUAAUUUAUACCAUAGUGCUAGUGCCUAUGAUUAAGUACGUCUUCAUUGUUCUGUGGGCCAACGACAACGGUGAUGGCGGUACAUUUGCACUCUAUUCAUUGAUAUGCCGAUCUGCAAAGGUGGGCUUAAUUCCAAAUGACCAGCCAGAGGACCACCAGUUAUCCAACUACAGACUCGACAUACCAUCCAAUCAGUUGAGGCGGGCUCAAGUCAUCCGAGAGAAGAUGGAAAGUAGUAAAACAAUUAAAAUCAUACUUUUCCUAGUGACCAUCCUAGGAACUUCCAUGGUUAUUGGAGAUGGUGUCCUCACUCCAUGCAUUUCAGUUCUUUCAGCAGUUAGUGGGAUCAAGUCCCUUAGCCAAGAUGCUAUUGUUGGCAUUUCAAUAGCAAUCUUGAUAGCUCUAUUCUCUGUUCAACGAUUUGGCACCGAUAAAGUGGGCUUUGCAUUUGCUCCAAUGGUCUUGGUAUGGUAUUCAUUCAUUGGUGGAAUCGGUCUUUAUAAUUUGUUCAAAUAUGAAAUCGGCGUGCUACGUGCGUUCAAUCCAAAGUACAUAUUUGAUUACUUCAAAAGGAAUGGUAAGCAAGGAUGGAUUUCACUUGGCGGAAUAGUUCUAUGCAUAACAGGAACUGAAGCUAUGUUCGCUGAUCUGGGUCACUUUAACGUGCGAGCAAUCCAAAUUAGUUUUUCCAGCAUCGUCUGUCCUGCAUUACUAGCUGCAUAUAGUGGGCAAGCCGCAUACCUCUCCAAAUUCCAAGAUAAUGUGUCUGAUACCUUCUACAAAUCUAUUCCAGAUCCUAUGUAUUGGCCGACAUUUGUUGUUGCUCUAGGUGCUGCAAUUAUUGCUAGCCAAGCCAUGAUAUCAGGAGCUUUUGCAAUCAUCUCUCAAUCCCUAAGUCUUGGUUGUUUUCCCAGAGUCAAGGUUAUUCACACUUCCGCAACGUAUGAGGGUCAAGUUUACAUACCUGAGGUUAAUUACUUGCUUAUGGUUGCCUGCGUUAUCGUCUGUUUAGCAUUUAAGACAACUGAAAAGAUCGGCAAUGCAUAUGGAAUUGCUGUGGUUGCUGUUAUGGUAAUCACAACUUGUAUGGUUACACUUAUCAUGCUAGUCAUAUGGAAGGCAAGGAUAUGGUGGAUUGCUCUGUUCUUUUGCGGAUUUGGUGCUGUAGAGGUCUUGUAUCUAUCAUCCGUCCUAUACAAAUUUAAACAAGGUGGGUUCCUUCCACUGGCAUUUUCAUCUUUCCUAAUAAUAGUAAUGGGGAUAUGGCAUUAUGUGCACAGAGAAAGGUACAUAUACGAGCUUCAGAACAAGGUUUCGAGUGAGUAUUUGUUAAAACUGGCGGGGAACACAAACAUAAACCGGCUACCGGGAAUAGGACUUCUGUACUCUGAGCUUGUGCAGGGCAUUCCUCCAAUAUUCCCUCACUUCAUUUCCAACAUACCUUCCACACACUCGGUUGUAGUGCUUGUCUCAAUCAAGUCUAUUCCAAUAAGUAAAGUGGCACUCGAGGAACGUUUCUUGUUCCGACAAGUUGAGCCAAGAGAAUACAGGAUGUACCGUUGUGUUGUGAGAUAUGGCUAUAAAGAUGCCAUUGAGGAGCCCCACGAAUUUGAGCGCCAGUUGGUUGAAAACUUGAAAGAAUUCAUCCGCCAUGAACACUUCAUUCGUGAAGGAGGCGACAAUGUUACAACACCCGAGGCCGAUAACAUCCAGCAUUCCACUCCACUAGUAAUGAAAGAUGGAAAAGCCAAAGGAUCUCCAGCAGUUCAUGUUGAGGAAUCGCUACAGCAGCCUAACCCACCCCGCAUUUCUUCAGCUUCCAUUCAGUCAUUCAAUGCAUCGUCACGUUCCAUUCAGUCAGUGAAUGGGAUUAAAUCAGCAAAUUCUUCUAGUGGAAUGAUAUCUGCCUCUGUCCCAAAAGGUGCCGAAGAGGAGAUGCAGUUUGUGCAGAGAGCACUGGAGAAAGGUGUGAUCUAUCUCAUAGGAGAAGCGGAAGUGGUGGCAAAAUCAGAAUCAUCCUGGUUCAAGAAACUAGUUGUUAAUUAUGGGUAUAGUUUCCUAAGGAAAAACUUUAGACAAGGGGAGAAAGUUUUGGCGAUCCCUCGAACCAGACUUCUCAGGGUUGGAAUGACGUAUGAAAUAUGA